AUGGCCAGUCUCGGCCUCGAUUCUGGGGUCCAUCUCUUGUUCGACAUCCAUGACAAGACGUACCAGGCCCUCCCAGACGCCGUUGCCGAGCUGGGCUACAAGGAUGUCGACGACAUCCGCAGCGGCGUCUUCCAAAAGGCGUUCGGGACAGAGCUCUCCUGCCACGAGUACCUCGUACACCACCCCGAUAACUGCUGGUAA